UUGCGUUGCUAUGAGCGGGCGGCCGCGCUGCCGCUGAGUAGCUGGGGCGCUGCUGCGGGUCGGUGCUCGCCGCGUAUCCGGCGGCGCGGGCUGGCGGAGCAGGGGGAGUAUGAGGCCGGCGCGGACGGGACGCAGCGGGGCCCGGCACCAGAGCUCCCUGCGCUGAGGCGCGGCAGGCAGCAGCGGAGAUGGCUCGCGCCGGGGCUGCGGCGGAGGCUCUGCCCGGAGACUGGCCCCGGGAGGCGGCGGCAGGAGACGCCUCCUGCCGCAGGGAGGACGAGGCGCGGGACGCGCUUUCCCUGGAGCAGAUCCUGAGGCUCUACAACCAGCCCAUCAACGAGGAGCAGGCGUGGGCCGUGUGCUACCAGUGCUGCGGCUCCCUGCGGGCCCGGGGCCGCCGCCGCGAGACCCCCGCCGCCAGGGCGGAGGCGGCCUCCCACGUCCGCAUCUGGAAGGACGGAGCCGUCACUCUGGAGUCGCCCAGUGGGGCUUCCCCUCCGGCAGCAGGUAAAUCAGGACGUUCACACUGCACAGAAACAGAGAUUAUUGAAUCACUGGGGAUUAUUAUUUAUAAAGCUCUGGACUAUGGCUUGAAGGAGAAUGAAGAGCGAGAACUAAGUCCUCCCUUGGAGCAGCUUAUAGAUCACAUGACCAAUACCGUGGAGGUAGAUGGGAGUAAAGAUGAAGGCUAUGAGGCUCUGGAUGAAGGCGUGGAGGAAGAUGAAGAUGAAAAAGAGGAAGUUGAGGUCAUUCACUCCUAUAAAGAUGUCAUGAAGUUGUGUGCUGCCCAUCUACCAACCCGAUCAGAGGCACCAAACCACUAUCAGGCAGUAUGUCGAGCACUAUUUGCUGAAACAAUGGAGUUGUACACAUUCCUGGCCAAAAUUAAAAGUGCAAAAGAGAAUCUGAAGAAGAUUCAGGAAAUGGACAAAGAAAGGAGUGAUGAAUCCAGCACAGACCUUGAUGAGUUGAAAAAUGCUGACUGGGCCCGCUUUUGGGUACAAGUGAUGCGAGAUUUGCGGGACGGUGUUAAACUUAAGAAGGUUCAAGAGCGUCAGUAUAAUCCACUUCCAAUAGAAUAUCAGCUCACGCCCUAUGAAAUGCUAAUGGAUGACAUUAGAUCCAAACGCUAUACCUUAAGGAAGGUUAUGGUCAAUGGGGAUAUUCCACCUCGAUUAAAAAAGAGUGCUCAUGAAAAAAUCCUGGAUUUCAUCCGAUCACGGCCCCCAUUAAAUCCUGCCUCUGCAAGAAAACUGAAACCAACCCCACCACGGCCACGCAGCCUCCAUGAAAGGAUACUGGAGGAAAUCAAGGCAGAAAGAAAGCUGCGCCCUGUCUCACCAGAUGAGAUCAGGCGUAGCAGGCUAGCAAUGCGGCCACUUAGCAUGUCUUACAGUUUUGACCUGUCAGAUGUAUCCACACCAGAUGCCUCAAGAAAAUUAGCAGACAGCUCUGUAGUAAAUGGUGGCUUGACACCACAAGCAAAGGUGAAUGGCGUCAGCACUACCCAAGUGACAAUGCAGCGAAAGAGACUCCUUAAAGCCCCUACACUGGCUGAACUGGAUAGCUCGGAUUCAGAGGAGGAGUCUAUGCACAAAUCAGCAAGCAGCAGCAGUGUCUCUCCUUCCCAAAUGGAAGACUCCUUUCAAGAGACCACCUCUGGUAGAAAGAUGCCUCCGAAGUUUUUGCCAAUAUCAUCCACACCACAGCCAGAGAGGCGGCAACCACCACAGAGGCGACACUCCAUUGAAAAAGAAACGCCGACUAACGUGAGGCAGUUCCUACCACCUUCAAAACAGAGCUCCAGGUCACUUGUUCCUAGGAUAACCAAGUUUUUUCCAAGGACGACUUUCAGACCAUUUUUUUCAACCAUACAAACAGCUUCUCUGCUCAGCUCUCAUCCCUUUGAAGCAGCCCUGGUUGGAGUGGCAAGGGCUAUGUAUUAUCUGUGUGACAGAGCUUUUACCAGCAGGUGGAAACCCCCAAAGGAGGAAUUUUGUUACCCAGUGGAAUGUCUGGCUCUGACAGUGGAGGAAGUCAUGCACAUUCGUCAGGUGCUGGUGAAAGCAGAGCUGGAAAAGUACCAGCAGUAUAAAGAUGUCUACACUGCCCUCAAAAAAGGAAAGCUCUGUUUCUGUUGUCGAACAAGGAGGUUUUCUUUCUUCACCUGGUCCUACACCUGUCAGUUUUGUAAGAGGCCUGUAUGUUCACAGUGUUGCAAAAAGAUGCGGUUGCCAUCAAAGCCAUACUCCACCCUUCCUAUCUUCUCUCUGGGACCUUCUGCUUUGCAGAGAGGAGACAGUUUUAUGAGACCAGAAAAACCCUCCACCAGUCACCACCGGCCGCUUAGGAGCAUGUCCAGGUUGUCCACAAAGUCUAAGUCUGUGGAUAAAUCAAAUGAAGAUCUGCAGUUUCCCAAAGAGUUAAUGGAGGACUGGAGCACCAUGGAGGUGUGUGUGGACUGCAAAAAGUUUAUUUCAGAAAUCAUCAGCUCAAGCCGGCGCAGCCUCUCUCUGGCCAACAAACGAGCCAGGUUAAAAAGGAAAACACAGUCGUUCUACAUGGCAUCACCAGGCCCCUCUGAAUACUGCCCUUCUGAGAGAACUAUCAAUGAGAUCUGAGUCUUGUGCCUUUUUCUUUGCUUUUGUCUUCAUGAGGUCAGCAUCCGUGAGAAAGAUCACUGAAACUGUCCUUCCCUUUGUUUUAAUUAACGAGCUUGAAUUUGCAUUAGAUCACAGGGUUUGCUACUCUACAGUUUCCACAGACUCUACAUUCAUAUCUGUAGAUAAUGGUAUGUAAUAGGCCAGCCAAUAACUCAUUGGCACUGGAAGGAAACAAUAGUUUGAAAAUGUUGCCUUUGUGUGUAUGUGUGCGCAUUGUGCAGAUAGAAAGCCUUUACUUGCAUUCAGUUUUUUAUCAUUCCUUGAAUUGUUUUCAGGACAAGAGCUGAAUUGUAUUCCUAAAGGAGAACCAAAUCUAACACAGGUGUCAAUGUUAGCACAAUUGUAAGCAGUAAGUCAUAUUGGCAUUACCAACCUAAUAGUGUUCAUGUUCUAGUUUAUAUGGCACAUGGAGCCAUGUUGUACACCAAAAACCUAGUGUGGGCUGUUGGUCUCAUUGUCUCACAGCACAAAACCUAGAAGGUUUUGCUAGUGCUAUCAACAUUAUCUUUCUUUCAACUGUUUUUACUGCUCUGAGAUCAUGGUUCAUUGUGGAACUUGAUAAUGUCUGUGUUCUAGUGCAAAAUAUCUGAAUAGGUUGUAUGCCCAAAAGGGGGGCCAUUUUCCCUGAGCUGCUCUACUUCAAAGCCCCGGUGUAAUUAUAAGUGUCUCCUGUGCAGGUAGGAGUAGUUUAUUCCUUAUCUUGAAUGUAUUGUGAUUAUUGUAUUUGGUAGUAGUAGUUUUAGCAGUAGAUAGAGCUGUACACUCGAUGGGGAGGGUGGGAAAUGAGAGGCUUCUAAAUUUAACUGAAUUCUGUAAAGUAUGUAACAUGGUUACCCAGAGAGGAAGUAUGGGUAAUAUGUAUAUUUGUAUUAUAGUGGAACACACAAGCACUGCUAUAAUUAAAAGUUCGGGAGCAUAUCCAUUAUAAAUCCCAUUUUUCAGGGGUUUAUAAUUUGGCUGUAAAAUGUAGGAUCCUGAUGAAAUUUGAGACAACAGAGUCUCAGAUUAGGAGCACCUUGUUUUGCUUUUUAACAAACUUAUGGAGAAAAAAGUCUAGCUGUUAAGUUUCAAUAAUGUUACAAUGUUAACAAACAUCACAUGCUUUUUGCUCUUUUGUUAGAUUCAAAUGUUUUGUUUUUAAAGCAGUUAAAACAUAAUUAGAGUUUAGUCCAUAAUAUGGAGAUAGGUCAUUUUGGUAUUUAAAAAUAAAUUAACACAACCAAGUUACUAAUACUUGAAAAUCAACGACUGUGCAUACACAGUAACCUUUUCAUAACAUUUUUCAUACCCAGAUCGAUAUUUAAUAUCAAUACAGUGCUGUAUUAUAUACUAUCAUAGUAGGAAAGAUUCAGAUCUAUUUAUUAACAUUUCAGUACUAGAGAUUGAUGAGAGAUACCUCAGAACUGCUCCAAAGGACAGGGUUUUUGUAAUACAAUUAAGGUUGAUCUGUUUUCAAACUCUAAAUACAUAUUUACAAAAUAGAAUCUCUUGAACCAAAUAUUAUGCAUUUUAAAAAGUCACUAGGCGCCAAAUCCUAGACUUGAUGCAGAGGAACUGGGUUGAUGAUCGGAGUCUGGCUCCCACAUUCCAUUGAGUAACAUUAGAGCCACUCUGCAACUGCUACUGCACCAGCCCUGCAGUGUGGAAAGGCAAUAGCCACCCACUGACACCGCCUUCACAGGCUUCCCGAAUCCUAUCCCUGCCACCCAAAUAUGCAGGAUUUCCCCCUUCAAGUCAUAUUUGCGAGUUAAGCUGUAAUAGCUCCAUAGCAGCUAGUCUAGUAUUAGGUAAGUGUGUGUUUGGGCUGUUCUGAAAAGCCUGUACAAAGGACUCUUUAAACCCAUCCUGGGACACGCCCAUCCUCAUUUUCCUUUAAUCGUAUUUACAUAAACACACAGUUUGCACACACGGCGAGUAUCGGGUAAUAACAUUAAGGGUUUGCCUGAACUGAUGACCACAGGAAGUUCAGAGUUAUAGGUGAGUCCCCAUUCUUAACCCUUUCCUUUCUGCAGAGGGCCAUGCAGCUGUUACCCCCUCUGUCUGGGGACCUCAGGAUGAUGGGUCUUUCAUAUAAAUUACAAUAUCUUGAUGAGUUAAGGACCUACGAUAGCGGGGGUAGCACUGUGCAAUUUAUGUGAAAUGGGUAAUGAAAGAUCCCCCGUUAGUCAUAUGAUAGCCCCUCAAUCAGGUUGCCCUUUUUUGCCACUUAUGUUUCUGUGCCAAAAUUAAUCCCUGCAGCCCACCCACCCACCUCUUUCCGUUGCUGUAUUGCAUAGUAUUCACACCAGACGGCCAACUCCCAGGAAAGCACAUAGGGCUUUUAUUUUAAACCCCCAUUAUUCUGUUUGUAAUUUUUCUUGGGAAACAUCCCCUUCUACACCCCAUACGUCUAUGUACUGCUCCUUUCCAUGGCCCGUUGGAAAAAGCUGCAGGAGCAGGAAACGCGUUCCUUAAUGUCUCUGAGGCUCUCAGGGGUACAGAGGAUCCGGCAUGUUUUUCUUUCUGUUGGGAGGGGUUUGUGGUAGAAGCCAUGGCCUCAUAAUGCCUCACCAUCCAGUAUAUGGGCAGUGAAAUCAGACUCCAGCCCUGCAGAUCCUGGGCCAUCCAUGAAGGCCUACCCCUCAGUGCAACAUCCUUGCUCCCUGCAGCAUAGCUCCCUUGGUGAGGUCUUCUCUCCCAUAUCAGUGCAUCCUCAUAGAUGUUGUAGAGGAGAGCUGACGCUGCUUCUAGCAUCAUUACUAAAGUGUGUUGUUUGUAUUACGGCGACACCUAGGAACCCUAGUCACACAUCAUGACCCUGUUGUGCUAGGCACUGUACAAACACCGAACAAAAAAUGGUCCUGUGAACUACUGAAUGGCCGUCAACUUAGAGUCCACUAGUGUGUGAGGGCAGCAGGGUGCAAAGGCUGGCUGUUUCCAGUUCUAUCCCGUCUGCCUGACUCAGCCCCUCCAGGGCUGUGCGAUGGUAGCACAGAGGCACCUGGAGAGGGGAAUCCUGCCAUAGAGCUGCCAUUCUCCAGGGGGGUUUUCCACACUGGUUGCUUCCAUCUAUAUUAGGGAAAAUAGGCCCUUGUACAAUGUGCUGGCAGAGGAAACAAAGUCAAGCAAAGGCGGAAGAAGCACCGUCCACUCUUUGCCCGGAUCAGUAUGGAGUGGACUAUUUUGAGCUUUCCACCUCACCCUUCGUGCUAGUGUCACAAACCCAUUCCAAGUGUCAAGGACCAGUCCACUUUACCUGCGUACCUUAUGAAGCUGCCCACAAUGUCCUAUUUAUGGCUUACAGUUCAUAUCCGUGUCAGAACAGAAAAACAAAAGCUUGUAAAUAUCUGUAAUAUAUUUAUUAAUAUUUAGAAAGCUGCCAUGCAUUGAGCAAUGGGAAUUGACUUUCCCAUGAAGAUUUAAAAAGAAAGUGAGUCUUAUUUAUAUGUAUAUUGAUUAUAUUAUUAGAUUUAAAGUUGAGCCUCUCUCCAUAGACAUUUUUAAAUGAAUUUCUGUUGAAAAGAAUGUGGGACUAGCACAGUGAGCUCAUUUAAAUGAGUGUUUAAAAUCUUUUUUUUUUUUCUAACUGUGUUUAAUAAAACUAGGACUUGUAUAAGUGCAUCAGAGGAGACCCAAAGGGGGUUUAAACAACUGUCGUUGGCAAUGCAAUGGUCUUGUAUUUUAUACAUGAAAACAGUUCUUGAGAAUUCAAAGCCAGCUCAGCCUUGCUAACAGCUGCAAUGAAGGUAGCAAACAGGCCUUUGUGGCGGCUCUUACGUGUAUAAAACAAAUUCUUUCAACGUUCAUGGUGACAAUAUUGCUUAUGGGGGUUUUUUCAUUAAGUCCUUUAUUGAAGGGAAAAAAAAAACCUGGGGACAAUAAAAUUCCUUUGGAGCAUA